AGAGGGAGAAUUAGGGUUUCGGGGAUCGAUGUGAGGAGAGGAUGUGGGGGCGAUUCUACUGGGGAACGAAGGGGGGAGAGGUGGGGAUCGUCGUGGUGUUCGCAUGGCUAUCGAGCGAGGAGAGGCACCUCAAACCCUACCUCGAUCUCUACUACUCCCUCGGGUGGAGCUCUCUCGUUUGCCACGCUGACUUUCUUACCCUAUUUUUCCCGGAGAAGGCGACAUCACUAGCUGAUAGCAUUCUUAAAGAGCUUGUCAAGCAGGAAAUAAAAACUAGGACAUUACCCAUUGUAUUUGCGGCUUUUUCUGGGGGACCAAAAGGUUGCAUGUACAAGGUUAUUCAGUUGAUUGAAGGAAAAUGUGCAGGACAGUUAAGUAAGGAUGAAUACCGAUCAGUAGGAGACUGCCUAUGUGGACAAAUAUACGACUCUACUCCAGUGGAUUUCACAAGUGAUUUGGGCACUCGAUUUGUUCUUCAUCCAUCUGUCCUGAAAAUGUCGAGCCCUCCUAGAGUUGUAUCCUGGAUGGCCAAAGCCUUUGCUUCUGGCCUCGAUGCACUCUUCAUAAAUAGAUUCGAAGCGCAGCGGGCCGAUUAUUGGCAGACUCUGUAUUCUUCAGCUAAUUUUGGGCCAAUAACAAUAUUUUGCUCAGAAGAUGACAAACUUGCCCCAUAUUCGGUGGUUUCUAAUUUUGCUCAGCGCCUGCAAGAGCAGGGAGCAGAUGUUAACCUAGUGAAAUGGAAUAGCUCCCCUCAUGUAGGCCAUUAUAAGUAUCAUCCAGAUGAAUAUGAGGCUGCUGUAACCCAGCUUCUUCGAAAGGCUGCUGUGGUUUUUGCCAACAGAAGACAACACAAUGGCGUUUCGGACAUGAACAAUACAUCCAAUCCAACACCUGAAUCAGUGUACGAUCAUCACAGGACUGCCGAGAGUUCAAAUGCGAGCUUAAGAAGACUUGCUAUUGAUUCAACACCAACUACCGAUCCGGGCAAUAAUUACUCCCUACCAAGCUCAAUGGAGUACCACGAAAACCAAGUAAUCGAGAAGGCCGAGUUAUUCCACACAAACAAUGUACCAAGUAUCGGCGCCCGCGGGGUGCUGGGCCAAAUCCUUUAUGAUGUGUGUGUUGCUGAAAAUAUAGAGGGAUGGGAUUUAAACCCUGUCGCACCCUUCAACGGACAGCAUGUUCUUCGCAAUAAGCACGGCGCUUUUAAUCCAGUGAAAUGCAUACUGCGAUCGCGAUUGUAGUAUCUGUUUUGUCCCUCAGGCUCAAAUAAAUGGUGAAGAGAGAACCACGCGAGGUAUGUAGAUUAAUUGGAUGGGUUCCCAUGAUAUCUACCUAUCGUGGGAACAACCAUUUAUAUUUUACAAUAAAAAAUGAAUAAUAGAAAAAUAUAUGUUGCAUAACAACCAGAUGCUCUCGCUUUGUUGCAUUUUUCAUGAGGAAAUGAAUACUAAGUUUGCAUAAA